UGCCAAAGAUGGUAUUUAGAUCAUUUUUAUUUGUUUGUUGUGAUGACGGACAGCACUUGUUUAUUUUAUAAAUGAUGAUUUGUGUUUCUUGUGAUGGUAAUGAUGGACAGCAUUGUGGGUGUCGUGAGGAGUGACGCGGCCAUGUUUGCCGGUGCCGCUCCGCUGUAAACAAAAAGUGUCUGGCAGACGGACGCUCCGCUCAUUUUAGGGACAAUUUUAUUUCUCUUAUUUAUUAUCUCUUCAGGUAUGUCUUACAAACCCAAUCCCCAUCAACACCUUCCGGGAACUUCAGGGAACCAAGGAAGCAUUCCCUCUCCAUCUUCUAUGGCAACAAUACAGUCAUACAAACCAAUUCUAAAUGACUUUGGACCACCAUCACUGGGGUUCCCACAGGGACCUAAUGGUAGCCAAGUACCCCAGAGUAAAUAUGCUGAACUUCUUGCCAUUAUCGAAGAACUUGGGAAGGAGAUCAGACCGACAUAUGCAGGGAGCAAAAGUGCAAUGGAACGACUUAAAAGAGGUAUCAUUCACGCGAGAGGGCUGGUUCGAGAGUGUCUGGCAGAAACAGAACGUAAUGCGAGAUCCUAGCCCUGAAGUCAUGUUUCUAUACUAACGGCAAAAAGAACUGUGUCUUCUGAAACCCUUUCACAGGGGAAUCAUGCAUGCCUUUCCUUCGAGGGGAUUAAACAAUCAAUGCAGCGUUUAUGUUAUGAGUUGCAUAUUUAAUUUGUGGUUUGUAGGGAAAGGGUUCAUAAAAUAUACCUUCUGAUUUAUAAAUGCUGACAUCUGGAACAGGUGCCAUUUGAGUUUUUUAUACAUUUUACUAGCUUUUAACUUUAUUCUUGUUUGUUUUUGACCAUAUGGUAUCUUUAAGAAUAAAAAAGCAAAAAUGCAUGCAACUAGAUUCAAGGUCUUAAAUUAGAAACUUGCAUGGCUUUUACAGGUUUAGACUAGAUUUAGAAAUAGGUCUCGGGAGAUAUUUCCUCAUUGACCACAACAAUGGAUAGGUGAGUUUUCUUUUAAUUUGGGAGAUACUGAAAAGUAUUAUUAUAGUGUUGCCAUUACGUUCGUCUUUAUUUCUAUUUAUUACCUUGUGUAAUAAAAUGUAUUUUCAUGUAAAGACAAAAAGGUCACUCUUUUAAAUUUUGUAUAUCUGUCAAUAAAUAUGACAUUCAUUGUGUAUUAAA